AUGGAAUUGAAAGUCUGGGUGGAAGGAAUACAACGCAUAGUAUGUGGAGUUACAGAGACAACUACUUGCCAAGAUGUUGUCUUUGCCCUUGCUCAUGCUACAGGCAAAUCUGGAAGAUUUACGUUAAUCGAGAGGUGGAGAAGUAACGAAAGACAGCUUUCCCCCAAUGAAAAUCCUAUGAAGAUUAUUAUGAAAUGGGGGGAAUACUCCAAUGAUGUUCAAUUUAUACUUCAGCGUAGUGAAAAUACCAAGCCUUUACAGCAACCAAAGGUGAAAAGUUCUGGUAGUGCUAGUAGCACACCAACACACUGCUCAAAUGUACAUGAUCUCUCUGACCAACAUAAAGAUACCAAUAAAUCAUUUAGUGGAAGUUAUUUGGCUAACUUUGACAAUGUUGGCAUUGUUAAAGGAAUACCACAAAUGAAAUCUGUCUCGUUGGAAGUGAGAGAAUCUCGUACCAAUUCUCCUCAAAGUUCUCCAAAGAAAAGCAGCUACUCAACUGGUUCUGACAUAUCAGAUCAUUCUAGUCAAAGGGUGGCACCACCAUAUAAAGACCCACCUGCCCCACCUCCGUACAGAGAUCCACCACCACCUACGUCUUCAAUUUACCGUGAUAAAUUAAAAAAAGGAUUGGCACAAGAACCCCUGAAGAAGGAUAAAGAUGAAAAUAGGAAUAAAAUUCAAGAUAACAUGUUAUACAACACACAGUAUAGGGAAUUGGUAGCUCUUAUAAACUACCAACGUGAAAAAUUAUCAAACCAACAGGCUGAUCUAAAUAAGUAUGACGCCGAAAUUGUCUUUCUAGAAGGAAAGGAGAAGGAAAAACAAAGACAAUUAGAUUUUAUAGCUCAAGAAUUAAUAGCAAUAUCGGGUAUAACUAAAAACAAUCAAGAACAAAUACAUGCAUUAAGUUAUGUAGAAGAAGAAAGUGAAAUAGUUAAACAACAAGAGAAGACAUUGCAAUCUGAAAUCACUUUACUAAGAUCGAAAUUGGCGAAUUGCGAAACUGAAUUGUUACAGUGCAAAAAUAAAAUAAGGUUACUAAUGGAGGAACUACAAAUUGAACAAAGAGCUCAGAGUAGAAGGGCAGAUUCACUUAAGCAGCUAGAACGCAAUAUACUUUUGGAAGUCGAAAGACUCCAAAAAGACAUCGAAUUGGCAAAACAAAGUACAGAUUUGCAUCAUUUGACUGCAGAAACGUUAAAGAGAGAGGUUGCUUCACUGGAGACUGCCAUUUUAGAAAAGAAAAAGCAAGUGGAGCACCUAGUAUCAGAAAUGAAAGAGGCAAACUUGGAAAGUCUAAGCAUAGUACCUCCAGAAGACAUCAGGCAAAUUCUGGAAGGUCCCACGAAAUCUGGUAGCACUAGAAAAAUGAUUGGUUCUCCCAGACAGCUGGAGAACGCCGUACCUACUAAUAAAAACCCCCACGGUGUUUGGGUCUAG